CUUGUAAUUGAAUAAACAAACAUGAAGUCCACUAAACAACACCCAACAACGAAUAUUUUAACGAUAAUCUUUGAUCUCAAGAUCAUUAGAUCCAGUCAAAAGCUUUCUUCCUCGCAAAGAACUUUGAAGAUUACAAAACAAUGGCAAAGAAAGCUGUGUUGAUCGGAAUCAACUACCCAGGGACCAAGAUAGAGCUGAAAGGCUGCGUCAACGACGUUCAUCGGAUGCACAAGUGUCUCGUUGACCGGUACGGAUUCGCCAAGAAAGACAUAACUGUGCUGAUCGACACCGACAAGUCGUACACACAACCCACAGGCAAAAACAUCCGUAGGGCCUUGUCUGAACUCAUAACGCCAGCAAAGUCCGGUGAUGUUCUGUUCGUGCAUUAUAGUGGACACGGUACGAGGGUCCCACUUGAAGAAGGGGACGAGGAUGACACAGGUUUUGAUGAGUGUAUUGUUCCUUGCGACAUGAAUCCAAUCCCUGAUGAUGAUUUCAGGGAUUUAGUCGACCAAGUUCCAGAGGGGUGUAAGAUUACGUUCGUAUCAGACUCUUGUCACAGUGGUGGACUCAUCGAUGGAGCCAAGGAACAUAUUGGAGAGAGCACCAACAAGAACCGAAACCAAGAACCAAAAGCUCACUUUUUCGAACUCGAGAUAUUGAACUUCUUCUAUAACGUGUUGAUGAAGUUGUUUGCGUUUUGUGGGAUCUGGAGUUCUCAUGAAGAACCGGACAAGAUUGAGAUUACAGCUAGAUAUGAAGUUGGCAAAUCAAGGUAUCUGCCAAUGGAGAGCUUCAUCAAUGUCCUCAAAGAGAAAACAGGUAAAGAUAACAUCGAGAUUGGGAAAAUAAGACCGACCCUUUUCGAUGUAUUCGGUGAAGAUGCCAGCCCUAAGGUGAAGAAGUUCAUAAAAGCGAUGCUCACAAAGUUAGAUCAAAGUGGGUUCGUUGGUAAGGUUGAAGGAAGUGCUCUAGAGAGUGGUCGUGAGAUCUAUAGAGGAGGAUCAAGCAGUGGAUUGGUUCCAGACAGAGGGAUAUUAUUGAGUGGGUGUCAAACGGAUGAGACAUCAGCAGAUGUGAAGAAGGGUGGAGAAGCUUAUGGAGCGUUUAGUAACGCGAUUCAGAUGGUUUUGUUGGAAGGUGGGGAGAGAGAUAAGAUCACCAACAGGGAACUGGUUUUGAGGGCAAGAGAGAUGCUCAAAGAACAAGGGUUUACUCAGAGACCAGGAUUGUAUUGUAAUGACCGUUUUGUGGAUGCGCCGUUUAUUUGCUAAACUUAGUAGAGACUAUUGUUUUCAUUCAAGACUGUUAUAUUAUUAUUGGACUGUGAUUUUUUUUUUGUGUACAUCCUAAAAAUGGAUGAUUUAUGAGGUAAUAAAGUGAUUUGUUUAUUUGGAA